AGCAUAAAAAAUUGAUCUAUUCUGCCAGUAUGCUUGUAAUACUAUCGAUCGGACUUCCAAAUAAGUCGCAGGCAAAUCGGCAAAUCGACCGUACUCAUACUAGUACAAUCAUAUGAUCAAGGUUACUAACUUUGCAACUCGGUGGUGGUGUGUCACGCGCAUCGGAGGUACAGUAAGAACAGAGGACUGAUCACUUGUUAUAGGUGCCUGGGGAUUUCGAUCCGAUAAAAUCCUAUUCCCACUAACGUGGGAGUUGUGGAUACUGCUAACCUGAGCUGACUACUGAGUCCUUUAAAACAGGCCCGAAAAUGCCAAUGGGGAUACUAGUACGCUUCAGAUACGCUUCAUCAGCGAUUGAACAACCUAAGUACCAUGUCCACGAUAUACUCAUUCAGCCACCUUAUAGCCGAACGUACUCGCAAUUACCCAAACCUUGAAAUCUUGGGCAUACCAGACAAGGACUUCAAUUACAUCAAGUAUACUCUGGCUGACCUUGAUGCUUCAGCGUCCUUGUUUGCCCAUCACCUACGGGACAAUGGACUACUGAAUGGACGUUCCAAAGGGGAUGCUACCAGUAGGAUGACUGUUGGACUUCUAGGCGUUAGCAACAUAAGUUAUGUAGUCACCGAGUUGGCGCUUUAUCGAAUGGGCUACUGCGUACUCUUCUUGUCGCCGAAUAACUCUCCUCCCGCGAUUGCUCACCUGUUGACCGUGACAAAUGCAACUCACAUGAUAGUGCAAGACGUUCUACUACCUUCCGCAGCAGCAGCUCUUACCCAUCUCAGCAACCCCAGUUCUGUGACGAUCAUCAACCAGCCUUCAUCUGACGUCUUCGGCUCAGCCGCUCGUUCUUUGCACCCAGAGAAGACGCGGUGGGACCCUGCAUUAAAGUGGGAGGAUGAAUCUCUUCUCCCAGUUACGACCAUCCACUCGAGCGGCUCCACUGGUUUCCCAAAGCCGAUUACUGUAACCAACAAAGUGGCUAUCAGCAAUUGCGUCAUGAAUUUUGGUCUUACGACUUUAACAACCUUGCCAUUGUAUCAUGGGCACGGCCACUCCAAUCUUCAUCGUGCAUUCUAUUCUGCAAAACCAUUGUACCUCUUCCCAACUGGAUCGAUACCAUUAACAUCCCCCAACGUUAUCAAGCUUCUUAAGCAAGCUCCGGACGUGGAGUUACUAUCUGGCGUUCCUCUAGCAUUGAAACUCCUCGCUGAGACCACUGAAGGUCUGCAGAUCCUCAAGAGUCUCAAGCUUGUUAUGUUCGGCGGUAGUGCAUGUCCUGAUGAGCUCGGUGACUUCCUUGUCAAUGAGGGUGUCCGCUUGGUUGGCCAUUAUGGUCUUACUGAAAUGGGUCAACUAAUGACGUCUUUCCGGGACUUUGAGACUGAUAAGGACUGGAACUGGACGCGUGCUAAGGGACCGCAUGUGAAAUCGAAUGUGAACGACUACCUGCGAUUCGAACAUCGGGGCGGGGAUACCUAUGAACUGUUCGUUUUAGAUGGCUGGCCCAUGAAGGUUAUGACCAACCAACCCGAUGGGUCAUACGCAACAAAAGAUCUGUUUAUCAAGCAUCCCACCAUCCCAGAUACAUACAAGUUCAUCGGGCGAAUCGACGACACCUUGGUCAUGGUCAACGGCGAGAAGACGAAUCCUGUCCCGAUGGAGCUCACACUUCGCUCAUCGCCCUACAUUGCGGAUGCUACUAGCUCUCCUUCGGAGCUCGUUAAGCUUGUGGCGCCUAUCGUCGCCCUUGCCAAUGCCGAGGCUCCCUCGCACUCACAGCUUGCAUCGGAAGCCCUUGAGUUUCUCCCUUACGGCACAGUGAUUCCCCGUGCUGAUAAGGGCAGUAUUUUGAGACCCCGGGUGUACAAGGAAUUCGAGGGUGUCAUCAAUGAGGUCUAUAAACGACUAGAGGGUGACAUCGACGAGGAUGGGAAGAGACGACUGACUGAUGAGGUGGAGGCUAGAACGGCCAUUAAAGAUAUAAUCAGCAAGACGGUCGAUAGACCAAUCGACAACUUGGAAGAUGACACUGACCUCUUCGAUUUCGGGCUGGACUCGUUGCAGUCUAGUAGAAUACGAAAUACCAUUCAGAGAGAGAUCUACCUAGGUGGCAAGAAGCUGUCUCCCAACGCCGUUUUCGAACAUCCUUCUAUCACGCAGAUUGCUCGACUCCUAGUUGCAACGUCCUCUGGUAAUGAAGUUGUUCUGACUCGAAGAAGCUCACUCGAGAUCAUGCUGGAACUUGUUGAGAAGUACAGCUCUUUCGCUUAUACACACAAGGCUCAUGUCAGCGGAACAAAUGGAGCUGCAAGCAUCUCAGUUAUCCCCCGCGUUGUUGUGUUGACUGGUGCGACUGGGUCUCUGGGAGCAUAUAUUCUGGAUGAACUACUUUCGGACCCUUCUGUGGCCACCGUUUACUGUUUGUGUAGAGCCAAGGACGAUGCAGAUGCAUCCAGUCGGAUAACAGCUUCUAUGAAGACAAGGAAGCUAUCAUCUCACUAUGAGCAGGUUCAAUCGCGUGUCAAAGCUCUCGCUUGCGACCUGUCUACCAAUAAACUUGGACUUCAGUCAGACGUGUACAAUGAGAUCGCAACACGGGCCACACUGAUCAUCCACAACGCUUGGGCGGUCAACUUCAACCUUGGCAUUUCCAGUUUCGAACCACACAUCCGUGGAGCUGUCAAUUUAAUCAAUCUCGCCCUUUCAUCGCCCCAUCCCCGACCAGCAGACUUUUACUUUGCAUCUUCAGUCAGUGCUGUCGCAGCUUGGCGUGGACCAGACUCGAUCCCAGAAGCCAUUACGGACGAUCCCUCUGUCGCUCAGGGGUUGGGCUAUGCACAAUCGAAGUGGAUUACCGAGAAGCUUUGUCAAGUUGCCUCUCAGCAGACACCUAUCCGGACAGGCGUGUUACGAAUCGGCCAAAUGGUGGGAGACACUCAGAACGGCGUGUGGAACGAGACAGAGGCUAUUUCACUCAUCAUCAAGUGUACAGAUACGAUCGGGAUUCUUCCCAACCUUGAAGAGUCAGUUUCGUGGCUCCCAGUGGACUACGCAGCAAAGGCUAUCCUCGAUCUGGUCAAUAUUCCCCCUCAACGUUUGCCCUUGGGAGAGUGCCCAGUCUGGAACGUGACUCAUCCAAAGCUAGUGCCGUGGACGUCCAUCCUCUCCCUCCCGAGGCACGAGUGGAUUAAGGCUUUGCGUGCUAGCCCUAUUGAUGAAAGGAACAACCCAAGCCGGAAGCUGUUGACCUUCUUUGAGAACAAGUACGGGCAAGAGGAACUGGCUACGCGGUACCCAUUAUUGACGGUGCAAACUGAGAAAGCAAGUAAGAGUCUCAGGAGCGCACCUAUUGCUGAUGUCGAACUGGUGGGGAAGUGGGUAGCUGCAUGGAGAGAGACAGGCUUUUUGGCUUGAAAGCAGUAUUAGAAAUAGACGCUCAUGUGUACAAUCCGCUUGAAUUGACCACUUGGGCCAAGUCACAUCUAC